UGGUAUGCAUGGUAAUACAAUGAAUGCACUUAACUAGCAAACUUAGAUUUUCUUCUUUUAAUUUUACUUCUAAAAAGGGAAAAUAGGAGACUUGAAUGAUUUUAAUUUAAUAAUUACAUACAAUGAAUUCGGAGAUAAUCAUCAAAAUUUAUAACUGUAAUAAAAGAACCAGAUCACAUGGUUUAGAAAAUACAGUAAUACAACAGGGUAUGAUUAAAACCUUAACACAAAGGAAAGAUCAGAAAUCUUUCAAAAUAUAGACAAAAUUCAUUCCCUCUCAGUUGUAGACAAAAUAAGUAAAAAAAAAAAAAAUGAAAGAUAAAAUAAGUAAAGAAAUGAGAAUGAUAUAAAUAAGUAGAAGAACAGAGUGAAAACAGAGUAAAUCCAAUAGAAAAAGUGCUCUCACUUUCACAAUUUUGGAUGAUCCCAUGCAUUUCUCCCGUGGAAUCUCUCUUUGGAAUUUGCUUCCUUAGUUUCUCUCUCCCUCUCCCUCUAACUCUCUUUCUCAUCUUUCCCACUCUAUAAAUUCUCCCAAAAGUUUCUAAGUACAACCAUCAUCACUUCAAAAAUGGCUUCUUCUCUGCCUACUACCCAACUAGUGUUGACGUUUGAUCCCAGGAAAAUAUUACGGCCAUCUCUAUUCUGUUCCUUCCCAUUUUCUUCCAGUGCUCGUUCCAUCGGUGGUGGUGUCCGAAAUAACCGAGACAAAAUCCCUCUUCUGUGUUCUACUUACAACGCAAUAUCCAAACAUCAGACUCGAGGAGUACAAUUUAUAAAGUGGGAAGAUAUUACACAACAAGAUGGAAACGAACAAAGGUUAUCUGUUAAGAUUUCAAACCCGAAAAAUGUGGUUAAGGAACAGGUGGAAAUGAUUAAAUCAAGGUUAAGUGGGAUGAAUGAUGGAGAAAUAAGUAUAUCAGCUUAUGAUACUGCAUGGGUUGCACUAGUUGAAGAUAUAAAUGGAGGUGGCUCACCUCAAUUCCCUUCGAGCCUUCGAUGGAUCGUGGAAAAUCAGCUCUCUGACGGUUCUUGGGGUGAUCAACAUAUUUUUUCUGCUCACGAUCGAAUCAUCAAUACUUUGGCCUGUGUUAUUGCAUUGAAAGCUUGGAAUACAUGCCCUUCUAUGCGCGAAAAAGGACUAUUGUUCAUCCAGCAAAAUAUGUGUAAACUGGACGAUGCAAAUACGGUCCAUAUGCCAAUAGGUUUCGAAGUUGUAUUCCCAUCUCUUAUCGAAAUUGCUCGAAGUUUAGACAUAGAUUUUCCUGAUGAAGAUUCCCCUGCCUUGAAAGAUAUAUACGCUAAGAGGAAUCUAAAGCUAACAAGGUAG